UUGAAGGUGAAGUGCUUACCGCUCCGUAUUUUCGCCUCUUCUCCACGUAAGUCGCCUUUCUAAGGUCCGGCACUCUGCUCUUUUCAUUGAAUUGAUUUAACGGAAAGAGUUGCAGCUUCAGCAAAACUCAAACACUACCGGGUUGGUUCAUUCUGGGAAGUGUUCGUACCGAUGGCUAAUGUUUGCUAACUUAGACAGUCGUUGCGCAACAGUUCUGGAGGAAGUUAUCCAACGUGCGGGCGGCGCACUUCAUCGGCUUUCUGUCUUUUCUUUCCGUCUUUUUUCUCCGGUGAGACCUAAAUGGCUCAAUAAUACCGGACUUAUCCGGUAAAUCGGUUGCUGCUGAUUGUCGCACAUGAACAUAAGAGAGGAAGCGGCAGAGCUCCACUGAUGUCUCACGUAACAUAUGGAUGUAACUGAGUGUUUCAGCCUGAAGAUGUCGUCCCUGUCUGCUGCCAGUGUGGAGCCUCCUGCCCUUGAGAGCACAGAGAAGAAGCCCCUGAAACCAUGCUGUGCCUGUCCUGAGACCAAGAAGGUCAGAGAUGCUUGCAUCAUUGAAAAGGGAGAGGAAAACUGUGGCCACCUCAUCGAGGCACAUAAGGAAUGCAUGAGGUCUCUGGGGUUUAAGGUGUAACUGCUGGUGUUUUUGUGUGAGUGCGGCGUUGAGUGGAAGAAGACCUGGAUAUUCCUUUUUCACCCUCUUAUUUAUACCUCCACUGCAAGGGAAAUGUGAUUCCAAGCACUUGGCCUGAUUUGAGAACUCUUUUUAAGUCUGUGUUUUUUUCUGUGUGAAUAUUUAAAAGGUGGUCUGAAAAUAAAGAGAACUCCUAUGCAAUAAGA